AUGACCUUCGCUCCUGGGAUUCAGACUGUUUUCAAGUCCGAAGCACUCAAUCUAGCACCAAUCCAAGGGAUGGCAGUUCCACUUGGGGAUAGUUUCUACUAUCUGCGACCUGAAGCCCGAGCAAAGAUAGACACUCCACACAGCGGACUGGUUCCGAGACCAGCGACAGUCCUGACAUUCAGAAGCACGGGGUCACUGAAUGCCUCUGAUGUUGCAGCAAAUUUGGCCCAGUUCGAAUCCUCUGACGAUGUGUACACGAAAGAAUUUUCGUCAACCAUCAUUGUACAGCAACAUGCGUCGCUAAACGGAGGCCUUGAUUCCUCAGCCGUAUCGAUGUUGCAGGACAAAGGGGAGCUUUUCCGUCUUGAAGUCCCCGAAGUCCUGCCAGAGGGCCCAUACUUCAUUCUCAAUGGCAGCAUUUUUGAAGCAUGGAGGCUCUAUCCUGAUACUAUCGACUCCAUCUUUGUGGCUACAAAGCUCAACCGUGGGGAGAGAAAGAGCUACUCACGACUUGAGCUCUCGGGGAUUUUUCCACCGGCCCUCGCGAUUGCAGUGCCAUCACGUCUCUACUUCAUGCCCAGCGAAGCCAAACCCCUCAACGGGCUCCGAGUCGCUGUCAAAGACAUAUUGAACAUCGAAGGGAUUCACACAAGUAACAGGGUGAAAGACUGGCUGAAAUUCCACUCCCCAGCCUCCGAAAUUCCGCCGGCGGUGCAGAAGCUCAUGGACCUAGGUGCUGUCAUAGUUGGGAAAACAAAAUGCACUGCAUUUGCAGAUCGCGAAUAUCAUUCGUCGGACUGGAUCAAUUAUCAUCUUACCUUCAAUCCUAGAGCCUGUGGUUAUCUUGUUCCGGAAGGUAGCAGUACCGGGAGCGCCGCUGCUUUGGCAGCAAGCGCUAGACUACGAAUGCCUGCAGGAGCACAAGGGCUCUUUGGACUUCGUCUAACGUAUGGAAUGGCUUCCAUGGAGAAUGUUACUCCACUUGUGAAGGAAUUCGAUACAGAAGGCCUUCUGGCUAGAGAUAUCAAGACAAUGCAACUAGUCUCAGGCGUCUGGUAUGGACACAAAGAGGAAGCCGACAACACGAAAGACUGGUCGGAUUCCUCCACAGACCAUCCUGCGAAAGCCAUCUUCGAUUCAUUUGUUGUGAACCUAGAGGCCUUCAUGGAGUUGAAACGGAUCAAUGUCAAUGUGAAAGAGGGCUGGACCAAUGAUGAUCCCAUGAAAACAGGCAAAACAUUCGAAGAAGAAUUCUUAAGGACUUACGAACGGAUCCACGGGCCUGCUACUUUAGACUUCCAUUUCAAAUAG